UCAACUUUUUUUAUUAAUGUUUGCGUUACAAAUAAGGGAAUAGUUUUUAUCUAAAUAUUUAUUUACGUCAUUUUAAAAAUCUAGAGUUGAAUUUCUCGAAUUGUUUAUAAGUAGUAAUUAUCACUUUGCAAUAUAAUGAGUUUAAAGACUUUUUUUUUUCAUAGACUUCCCUUUCGAAAAUGUCAUUUGAAGAAGAGUACGAUAUUAUUUCAAUUACUGAAGUUAACAAAACAUCGUACGUUGACAAUUCCUUCAAAGAUAUAGUUGCCCCAUUUGUCAAUGGUAUUGAAAAAAUUAUUGGGAACCCACAUUUUUGCAAAGAGCACUUCAGACGCAGAAAUUUAUUUUUAUGUGAGGCAUAUUGUUUACUUGUUACCGGAUUUAAAGAUGCAACAAAGUUACUCCAAUUCGAAAGGCAGCUAAAAAUAGGAGCUCACGCGGCAAUACUCCUGGAUUUGUACGCAGCCGGAGUUAUUAACCUUUAUCAACAUUGUGAAAACCAUAAACUUGGAGACCGAAAACUCGAUCUCUAUAUUCGCGUGGCAGAUGAAAAUCUAUCCUUUACAUUUAUAAAUGGCAUUGUGUUUAGACAUUUAUUUUAUCACAAUGAAACGAAAGAACAAAAAAAACAGUUUAAUCAAUCAGUUUCUGAUUGGUUGAGCUCAACACAAAAAACUACUGGAACAAUAACAUCGAUAAUGAAUAAUUUAGUUGCAAGAGGAAUACUUACAAAAACUGGGUUUAGGAUUCCGGAAAAUUUUAUAAACUAUCAAACUUUAAAUUUUUGGCCUGACCAAGAGCUUGAGCGAGAAAUAAUAUCAACAGGCCUUAGGGAAAUAAAACCAGACUCAUUCAUAUUAUCUUUGUUAACACUUUCACACGUUUGCGAUUUGAAUUUUGUUAGUGCUCGACUGGAUAUAUUCUUUAAAGGACGCGAAAAAUUAGUUGCAAAAGAUAACAUUCGCACCAUUGUGGAAACUCAGGCACAAGUAUUAAAAAGCCCUAAAUUUAUAAGAAAAAAAUUUAGCUUUGAAAAUUUUAACUCAAAAUAAAUCAAAUUAUUAAUAA